AUGCCUUUCGUGAUCGACUCGCCGUAUUGGCUUCUCUUCAAAGGUAGACUUGGUAAAGCUACCGAAGCUGUACAUAAAUGUACAGCUACAGAUGAUAGUACAGGCCAAUUACUGAGUAGCAUGAGAGUAGGAAUGGGUGUACCUUUGGACCCAACAGGAGAUAUUGUUGACAUCCCCCAACACAUUCGAGGAAACAUCGGAAUAGUAUUGAGAGGGAUGUUUUUUCCUAACUCUACAAUUCAUAAUAUUCUGUUAACCAUUGUGGGCAUCCAUUUUUUUCAACAAGCAGCGGUUGUGGGUGUGAUAUUCGUCUCAGUGACGCCACAUAUUUUGUUAUCUACGGGACAUUUGACUACUGAGAACCUGACUUGGAUUGAAGUCGGUAUAAUAGGCUUCAAGAUAUUGAUGUCAAUACUUCUGACUGUCUCACUAGAUAGGACCGGACGUCGUCCGUUAUUCUUGGUGAGCAUUACGUCUGCAGCCAGCCUUUUAACAGCGCUUGGAUUGUCGCUCUAUUUUUCUGAUUUUCAUGAUUUCAAGAGCUUAACACAGAAAAUUUUGCAACUCUGUUUCUUGGGGUUAUUUGCUGGAGCUUAUUCUUGCGGGUUAGCUCCUGUAGCGUGGUUCUACAGUUCUGAAGUAUUGCUAACAAGACUCCGUUCCCUAGGCGUAUCACUUGGGAUUGUAGUAAACAGGGCGGUAUUUGUGAUUUUGAUGUUGAUGUUAAUACCCUUUUACUACAAGAUAUCCUUUUAUUGGAUUCCUGUUGUACAUGCCUCAGCUCUUGCUUUGGGAUUUGUAUUCAGCUACGUAUAUAUUAGAGGAAACCCCAUUUCGGCCAACUGUGGAAGGAUGUUGGGAUUUACGACAUGA